AGUAUCUUCCUCUUCUUCUCCUUCUCCGUCUCUUCAUCAAUGGAUGAUCAUGUUGAGAGCAAGAACACAUAUUUAGAAGAAGCGUCCUUCACGAGUAUAACUGAUUGCUUACAAAGCUCAUUAGUGAUGGAUUAUAACUCUCUAGAGAAGGGUUUUAAAUUCCCACCUUAUGGUUCCCCUUUUCAACCGGUUUCACCUUCCAAUAUAGGCCAUAUAGUAAACAACAACCCUUACUUAAAUCUUAGUUCGAAUUCUCCUAUGGUCUCAUCUCCCUCUAAUGAAGCCGAUCCUAAAGAGAACCCCAAUGAGGAUAACGAAGGAGACCAACAUGGUGUUCGUGAAAGUUCCAAGCAAGUGACAAAACAAGGUAAAAAGAAAGGAGAGAAGAAAGAGAGAGAAGCUAAAGUUGCGUUUUUGACCAAAAGCGAGAUUGAUCAUCUUGAAGAUGGCUAUAGAUGGAGAAAAUAUGGACAAAAGGCCGUCAAGAACAGCCCUUAUCCAAGGAGUUACUAUAGGUGCACAACACAGAAGUGCAACGUAAAAAAACGUGUAGAGAGAUCGUUUCAAGAUCCGUCGAUCGUAAUAACAACAUACGAAGGAAAACACAACCAUCCAAUCCCUUCGACGUUGAGAGGAACCGUGGCCGCUGAACAUCUAUUAGGUCACCGUGGUGGUGGAAGCAGUUUCCUCCAUAGCUUCCCUCUUCAUCACCGUCAAGAGUUUCUCAUGAUGAAACAUCCUCCUGCCAAUUAUCUAUCAUCAGUGGGAUCUAUGUCGAACGAUCAUGGUCAUGGGAUGAUCUCUAGUUACAAUAAUAAUAAUCAUCAACCUACAGGUGUUGACUAUGGUCUACUUCAGGACAUUGUUCCUUCAAUGUUCUCGAAGCACGAAUCUUGAGUUGAGAGAGGGCAUGUACUAUAUAUAGUUCAAAGCUUUAUGAUCAUGAUUACACU